AUAAAAUAUAAAUAGUUUUGAAGUUGAGUUUGAAGUUUUGAUUUUGGAGAAGAACACAUUUAAACUUCAAAUAUAGAGUGUGGAAACUUCAAAAUAGAGUUUAUUUUUGGAGAUGCUUUAAAUGAAAAGUCUUUCACUUAAAUAAAAUGGAAGAGUAAAGAGUCUCACAUUGCAUAUAACAAGAAAAUUCUUGUAGUAUAAAUAUGGUACUCACUUAUCAAGGUUCAAUAGUUUGUGGGGACAAUAUGGAGAAGGAGUGAGAUGGCCCAUUAUGCAAACCACACACGCACGCGCCGCCUCCAGGCUGGAUUUGAGUCUUAGGUCUUGGUGAAUGUGGACUCUCGCCCACAAUAAGAUGUUUUUUUGGGAGCAAAUACAUAUCAAGAUUUUUGGAUAAUUUCUUAGAUAAAUCCUAACGGACUGAGUCUAAAUUAUCGAGAUAAAUAUAAACAUUUUAGAUUAUGUCAAGAUAAUUACGGGAAAACUUCCAGAUAAUUAUUGGAAUAAUUCCCGAUCCUCUCUUGCACGAUAAACAUGAAUAAUUCCAAAAAUUUUCUUUACUUUAUCGUUAUCUUUGGCUUGUCGGCCAAGUAUAUUUCUCAUAUAAAUAAGUAUCUACCCUCUUCAUUAUUUCACACGCAAAAACGCAAUUAGCUUCUAGUUCCAGCAAAAUCCUAGUCGUCUUUUAAAUAAGUCUCGAAAGUAUAGCAUAGUAUAACAUAUAUUCUAUUUUCGGGUGCAGCGAAACAGUCUCAUCGUGGUUGUAUUAUGGGAUUCAUAAUCGCAUCCAAACCGUCUCACAUUAUAGGCGAUUCAUUGAGUUAAGAAAAUAGAUCAAAUCUUGAUUCCUCGAAUUCGUCUAUUUUUUUAACGGUUUUAUAAAUGUUUUCUACUAGUUAUUAUCGUUUUACUCAAUUUUUGUUUCGUGAUUUUUAAUUAGUAUUUUCGCGGUCCUACACUAAUUCGUCAAUAAAACUUUUAUGAAUUGCAAACAAAUUUAUGCAAAAAAAAAACUUCUUGCAAUCAAAACAGAUAUAAAUAGACCUAUGAUAAGUUGGAGUGCUCGUUUAUUAAGAAUCAUCUUUUAAUAUAUAUGGGAUUUUCACUUAUAUUAGAUUAUACUUGGAUAACAUCUUUUAAAUAGAAGGUCCUCCUCAUUGGUCAACCGAGGGGACAAGUUGUGCCAAAAGAAAUAGAUAUUUUAUCUAAUUUUCUUGUAAUACUUUGUACAAAAGCUCUCAUCGUGAGGAAUGAGAGAAACAUUUAACAGGUCUAAAAAUAUCAAGGGGUAAUCUAGCUAUCUCCCAUCUUUUUUUUCGGAUGACAAAUUAUUUUGUUCUAAAGCCAAUCAAGAGCAAUGUCAAGUAAUUUUGUAGAUUUUAAAACUAUACGAAGAUGUUUCAAGUCAGCUGCAUCUAUCUAAUCUAUUAAUUUAUUAUCUUAUUUUUAUCUAAUAUAAAUAAGUCAUAUAUAGUACGACCAUUAAUUAGUAACAUAACAACCUAACCUAAAUUUACACAAAUAUAAUAUUUUUCUAACAAAAUUAAAAAAAAAAUACAUCUAAAUAAUUAUACUCCCAAUAAAAGUCAUUAUUGGUAUACAUUAUACAAUUACCAUCAAUACUAUUAAAAGGGAAGCAGUCAUAAAAAAUCUACCUAUAAAAAUUGUUUGGACUCUUUUAUUAGACUAAUAGUAUUAAGUAUUAUGGUCUACCUUAUAUCUACUAACUAACAUAAUAUCUGACGUAAUCUACUUUCUUUAAACAAUUUUAAGUAUACUUUCAUCUAUUAUAUAUUAAAGCAUUUUAAUAGAUCAAUUAUAUUGACGGUAACCAUGUAUUUUAACCAACAUCUUUAUGAUAAGAAUUGCCUUUUUCUUGAAAGCUCGCUCCAACAUCUCUAUUGCAUAUGUAUUCCUCCUAUUUUUUUAAAUGUCACUGCAUAUGAACACGUAUACUACUAUACUAAUUACAGAACUAUCAAGAUAUAUUUCACCAUUCUAUUAAAUCAUUUCUUUUAGGGCAAACGACCUAUUUCCACACCAGAAGUAUCAUAUAGUAACUGUUACCCACGAUCUUUUAACCUCGUCUCAAUUGCACAUAUGAAAACUUAUCAAACCUAUUUCCCCCCGAUUCAAAUGAUCCAAACCCGAAUCCACAUAGCUUCGGUUAUUCAUUGAUUUAUUGGUUUGUAACAGGUAAAUCGAACCAAAAGACAAAAUACAAUUCGACCAGAGGGAUCCGACUUUGUUCACCCGGUUUUGAAGCCAUCUCGCGGAUCUGUGUAUCUCCCUACCUGCAAACAAACAGAACACAUACAAUAGUUGAAAACACAUGAAAGAUUUUCCAAAUUUUUAUGUUUUCUUCAUAAAUUACUAUACCAACAACAGCUUGGCUUGGAAGAAACUCGAUAAUCCCAUCGUUUGCAACAACAAAGAACACUCAUCACUCUAGCUCCACGCGCUUUCACCCUCUCACAUCCAUCUUUCAUAGAAGGCGUUUGAUCGUAAGACAAAUCCUCAACUAGAAUCAAGUGAGUGUGGAUAGUAACCUUGUUUAGAGAACAGAGUAAGCCAUUUUAAAAUUGAGAGAAUAGAGUAAGCCAUUUUAAAAUUGAUGAUCCGAGAGGCUUCCGAACGACGAUGGCGUCUUCUCCCUUGGCGUCUCCUUGUCCAUGAGAACCUCUCAAUAUUUACACACACACACAAAAGAGGCUACGAGGACCUCUAGCUCUGUUAGAACAAGCAAUGUCUAAGGAAAGAAAGAGAAGGGUAUUCGUCAGAUUCAACAAUGGCAUCAGACAAUGUGUAGAGCUUUGCAGAUUUCAUAUUGUUCAAAAGGAGGAAGACGAGAUUCACAGCCACAUACAUAAUUUUUGUCUUUCCAAUAAAACAGAAGAAUGAUUUGGGGGAAACAAAAAGCUCAGAACUUUUUUCUGGGUUUUCUCUUUCUUGUGCUGUUGUUCGAAUUCUUCUUCUUCUUCCUCAACAUUAUGUGACUUCAGUUUUCUGGGUAAACCUCGGUUAGUAAAUCAGGUUAUAUAUAUUUUGGUUUAGCACUUUUAAUUGCGUCAUUUUUGGUUUAGUUAGGUUAUCUAUUAAUUAGAUUACAAAUAGAUAAAUAGUAAAUCGAUUUAAAUCGGCUAGGUGUAGGUUUUGGUUCCGACGAAAGUUUUAUGUGGAUUCGGGUUUCGAUCUUUCAAAUCGGGGGGAAAUCAGUUUGAUAAGUUUUCAUGUAUGCAAUUAAGACGAGGUUGAAAAAUCGUGUGUAACUGUUACUAUAUGAUACUUCUGGUGUGGAAAUAUGUCGUUUUCCCUUUCUUUUAAAUGAUGCUUCUAUUUCCGUGAAACCAACCAUUGAAAUUCAAAAUAUCUUUGUAUUAUGAAUCUCUCUUGACUGAUCGACAUAACCAAAUAUUCUACAUUAAAAUAUCUCAUCAACAAACUAACAGACUAAUACUUCAAAACAUAUAUGCACAUCAGCACAUAAGAUAUUCCUUUUAAAUAUACUCAAACCCAAUAAUCAAGCAACCUAAAUUUUAACUAUGUAGAAUCAAAACAACAUAUAUUUUAAUUAACAAUUUAUAAUCUUCUCAAUUACGGUUUAAACCUAGCUUUAGAUUCUACGUAAAAUAUUACAAAUAGGCCAUUAUAAUUUUAAAGGAUAUAAUUUUUAGCAAUAUAACUUUCAUUACUCUAUUUAUCAAUUUUUUUUAAAAUAAGAUUUUUCUGGAUUUUUAUCGGUUAAACGAUGUUGGUUCACGGGUUAAUGACAUGUUUUUACUUAUAUCAAUUUUUUAAUUAAUAGGUUUUCAUUAAAUUUGAAUUUUGUAGAAACAUAUAAAUUGGGUUCUAUGAAGAACAUAAGCCAAUCCAAAUUAUAUACGGUCACCGGGUUUACCGGUUCGACCGCAUGUCCCAAUCGAAUAUAAAAACACUGCUUAUAUCUUAAUUUAUCUAUAAAUUGCAUAUGUAUCCCAUAUAUAAGAGUUAAAUAAUUUGUAAAAAUAUAAUUUUUUCUUUGUACCAAUUAAAUGUAGAUCGACUAUUACUCCCCAAUAUUUGGUUUCGGUUCAGGUUUUUUUGUUUUGGUGUUUUUGGUUUUAUAAACGUAGGAACCAUUCAUGUAUUUAUAAAAUUAUUUUUUCAACUUGGUUAUUUCGGUUUUUAGUUCAGUUCAGUAGUAAAGUUGGAACUGGCUAACAUACAAAAACAUUUGGAUCCAAUUAUGUUCUGGCUCAAUUCUUAUUUUCCAGACAAUUACAUAUUUAUAGAUAAAAAUAUCAGAUAAUUUGGAGUUUUCAGUUUAAAUAUCAAAUUACAGAUAAUUCAGAUAAUUUUUAAUAGUUUGAAUAAAAUAUUCAGUAAUUGAGUUUUUUUUUUGGUUAAUUCGGUUUAUAAAUAAUAUUUAAGGAUAUUUAGUUAUUUAGAAAUUAGAUAUAAUAAAUAUUUGUAAGUAUAUAAUUUCUAUUUUAAAAAUUUAGGUACUCAUUUGGUUUAGGUUUUUUAGUUUCAAUUUUUUUGGUUCUAGAAAUAUACUAUUUACUCGGUUAUCUAUGAAAUUCAGUUCUAUUCGAUUUUUUUUUAGUUUGGUACGGUUUAAUUCUCGGUUUUGGAUAUAUGUGGCCAAACUUAUACACUAUAUAUAGAUUUUUUAAUAAGAUUUUUUUUAAAUUUUGAAAAGCGCGGGUCAAAAUCUAGUUGACAUUUAUAAAUAAAUAAUAGUUUUAGAUGCUUAUGUCAGAUUUCUAUCUAAUAAAAAAUAGUAUAUGAGUGUUUAUGAUGACAAAAAAGGAAAAAUUGUUUUUUUAAGCAAAAAAAAUGGUAACAAUGUCUCAUUCGACUAAUCUCAUAUACUAUAUAUUCCGUUAGACUAAUUAUUUUAAAAAGAAAAUAAUAGCCUUAAUUUCAAUUAUAAUUUCGAAAUUACAAUUAAAAAACAAUGGUUAAAUAUUAAAACAUGAUAAAUAAUUAAAGUAAUUAAAAUAAAAGAAAACAUUAAAAAUCCUCAAAUAAAAAAAAAAACAAAAACCUAAACCUAUACUCUAUGUCCCACGAUUUUUUUGCUUUAUUUUUUUUUCUGAAAAAUCAAUUUUUUCAUAUCACAUGAGUCAUCCUAUGAAAAUCCACGCCUGCCCAGAAUUACAUGCACAGUGUUGAAAUUUUCUUGUAAGCUUUUCUUUAGUAGCCUACAUAAUUGUUUAAUAAAUUGUUUUCUCCGGAAAUUGCAACUUGGAUCUCUUGUAAUGUACAAUAUGCAAGAAAUUGCAUAGCCUAAAAUUUGAACUCUAGAUCUAAAAAUUGCAUAGCCUAAGAUUUAAACUCUAGACCUGGAUGUAAAAAUCUUUAAACCUUAAACAUUACGAUACAAUGCUUUCACCUACUAACUGUGGUCUUUUAGGGUUUUGGGAGAAAAUGAGAGAGAAGCAAAAAAAAAAAAAACACUUGUAGUUUACAGUUUAAUCAUUGAGUGACAAUAAAUGGAAUAGAUAAUGUUUGCCUGUCUUUGUGCCAACUAUAUUUAAUAACGUGUUGCUACUUACCCUCCUUAUUUAAUUCAAAUCUUCCCCUUUACAAAUUAUAGCUUUCUUCUACACAUUUUCAAGUUUUCUCAGCAACUAAAUUAAGCAAAGUCUUUCACCAAGAAGUUCCAAUGGCUGAUCCCAUCAUAUCAAGCUCUCCAUUGUUGGAUGAUAAUGUAAAUGACAGAGGAAGCAUAAGCUUCUCUUGGGUUCAAAAAUUGAUCGACGUGGAAGAAUCAAAGGCUCAAAUCGUUUACUCUCUUCCAAUGAUAUUCACAAAUCUUUUCUUCUAUUGUAUCCCUUUAACCUCUGUGAUGUUCGCUUCUCACCUCGGCCAGCUCGAGCUUGCCGCUGCAACCCUCGCCAAUUCUUGGACAACCGUCACCGGUUUUGCGUUCAUGGUUGGUUUAAGUGGAGCACUGGAGACAUUAUGUGGACAAGGCUUUGGUGCAAAAAGCUACAGAAUGUUAGGGAUUCAUCUACAAUCAUCUUGCAUAGUCUCAUUAGUCUUCACCAUCUUCAUCUCCAUCUUGUGGUUCUUCACAGAAUCAGUUUUCGGACUUAUCAGACAAGAUCCUAACAUCUCAAAACAAGCUGCAAUAUAUAUGAAAUACCAAGCUCCCGGGUUACUCGCUUACGGAUUCUUACAAAACAUACUGAGAUUUUGCCAAACACAAUCAAUCGUUACUCCAUUAGUUGUCUUCUCAUUUGUUCCCUUGGUGAUUAAUAUCGGCAUAUCCUAUGUUCUGGUUUAUUUAACUAGCCUUGGGUUCAUUGGUGCUCCAAUAGCUACAUCUAUUUCAUUGUGGAUAGCUUUCCUUUCUCUUGGGACUUAUGUGAUCUGUUCCGACAAGUUUAAGGAUACAUGGACCGGAUUUUCACUGGAAUCAAUCCGUUAUGUAGUAACAAACUUGACAUUAAGUCUCCCUUCUGCUGCUAUGGUGUGCUUGGAAUAUUGGGCGUUCGAGAUCCUUGUGGUCUUGGCAGGACUGAUGCCGAACCCGGAAAUAGCCACCUCUCUGGUAGCUAUAUGCGUCAACACGGAAGCAAUUAGCUACAUGUUAACAUAUGGACUUAGCGCAGCUGCAAGUACUCGUGUGUCGAACGAACUUGGAGCAGGAAAUGUAAAAGGUGCAAAGAAGGCGACUUCUGUUUCCACCAAGUUGUCGUUAGUUCUUGCUCUUGGCGUAGUGGUUACUUUAUUUGUAGGUCAUGAUGGUUGGGUUGGGUUAUUCAGCAAUAGUCCUUUAAUUAAAGAUGAGUUUGCAUCAUUGAGAUUCUUCCUUGCUGCCUCUAUAACUCUUGAUUCGAUCCAAGGUGUUCUAUCAGGAGUGGCCAGAGGAUGCGGAUGGCAAAGGGUAGUCACGGUUGUAAAUCUAGGAACAUUCUACUUCAUUGGAAUGCCUAUUGCAGCCUUCUGUGGUUUCAAGUUGAAGUUAUAUGCCAAGGGUUUGUGGAUUGGUUUGAUAUGUGGGUUAUUUAGCCAAUCCUCAUCUCUCUUACUUAUGACAAUUUUCCGGAAGUGGACAAAGCUGAAUUCUUCGGUCUGAAAUAAGUUCAAUUUUCUACAGAGGCACAUUUAAAGAAUAGUUUGGAUUGUUAUAUACGUGAAGAUGAUAAUGCCAUUGUGCCGACAAAAAAAAUAUUAUGUUAAUUGCUUCUUAUUUUUUUCAAAUCUAUCUAUGUUUAUUGGUA